AUGUUUAAGAGAUGUAUCUUAUAUUUUGUUAUAUCCAUUUUUAGUUUAAUCCUGGUGGUUUAUAAAGAAUCUAGAUAUGCAUAUAAGAAAUUCAAAUAUGAAAAAAACUUUGAGAAGAAAUAUGAAAAAGGUUGUGAUAUAAAUGAUGACUUUUGUUUUAAUAAUAAUGAAAAUGUUGAUAAGGCUAUAGACAAACCAGAAAAGGAUUACGAACUUGUAAAUUAUGAUAAAAAUAUAAACAACAACAAUAAUAAUAAUAUUAAUAAUAAUAAUAAUAAUAUUAAUAAUAAUAAUAAUAAUAAGAGUAUAAGUAUAAGUCUUAAUAAUAAUAAAGUGAAGAAUAAAAAUUAUUUUGAUAAUUAUAAUAAUAAAUAUGUAGAUAAGAAUAAAAUAAAUUAUAUUUUUAAACCAUAUUUUGAAGAAUCAAACAAUAAUAUUACAAAAUUUGAUCAUGUUAUUUCUUUAUUUUAUGAAUUUUCAAUAAAUGCUAAAUUUUUUAUUUUAAUAUUUUUUAAAUCUACUAUGAAUAUAUUACAUUCAUAUGGAAUUUUAUUAAUUUCUUUAAUAAAAAUAUUAUUUUUAUGGUUUAUUAUUAUACAGCCAUAUAUUAAAUGGUUAUUUAUUAAAUUAAAAAAAUCAUAUAUGAAAUUAGAUUACCAAACAAAAAAAUAUAUAAUAUAUAUGAUGACAAUAAUUAUAACAUUUUUAUAUUUAAUAUAUAUAGGUGUUUUUAAAUAUAUCAUAAAUAAAAUAUCUAGAAUUUAUAAAUAUUUUUUAAAAAAAAUAUUCAGAAUUAAUAAUUUCUUAUUUAAAAUUUUUCCAUAUAUUAUAAGUACCUUAUUAUAUGCUACAAUAAUUAAAGCUAUACCGAUUAAUUAUAUAUCCUUUUUUAUUUAUUCAUGUUUUUUUCCAUUUCCUUCUAUAUAUUCAAUAGUUAUUAUUAUGAAGUAUGUUUAUCUUCCAACUAUAAGUACUUGCAUUAUCAAUAAUGCUGAAGAAAAUCAGGAACAAAAAAAAAAUAAUGAUCAGCAAAAAUGCAAAUCCAUAAGUACAUAUAACACAUCUAAAGAGAAACAUGAAUAUAUAAAAAAUCAUGAUACUUAUUCAUAUAUCAAUAAAUCAAUUUUAAAACAAAACAGUCACACAAAGGAGAAUAGCCAACAACAUAAUUCUUCUACAACCAAUGCUACAACUUUUAUAAAAUCUGUAGAUUUUUUUAAAACAAAUGAAGAUCUAACAUUAGAAAAAAUAAAAAAUAUAAAUGAAAAGGAUAAAAAAAGAUCUAAAGGAAUGUUGAAAAAAAUUACAAAAAAGGUAACUCGAAAAAUAACUAAAAAGACAACUCAACAAGGAAUAUGUGAAAAUGAAUUACAAAAUAAAGAAGGUCAUUCAGAAGAAAAAAUAGAUAAAGAUUGUGAUAAAAAAAUAGAUAAAGAUUGUCAUGAAAAAAUAGAUAAGGAUUGUCAUGAAAAAAUAGAUAAGGAUUGUCAUGAAAAAAUAGAUAAGGAUUGUCAUGAAAAAAUAGAUAAGGAUUGUCAUGAAAAAAUAGAUAAAGAUUGUGAUGAAAAAAUAGAUAAUGUUUGUGAUGAAAAAAUAGAUAAUGUUUGUGAUGAAAAAAUAGAUAAUGUUUGUGAUGAACAAAUAGACGAAAUUUAUGAUGAACAGGUAGACGAAAUAUAUGAUGAACAAGUAGACGAAUUUUAUGAUAGUUCUUCAGAAAAAGAAUGUGAUAAUCAUGUGGAUGAUAAAGAAGAACAUUCUUUAGAUGAUAAAAACGAACAUUUAUUAAAUAACCAAAUUGAUGAUCCUGUAGAGGAUUAUGUUGAAGAAUAUAUUGAAGAACAGUCUAAGAGUGAACGUAAAAUUUGUUAUAAAGAUAUAAAUAAAAAUGUUCAUAUUAAUCAUAUACAUGUUAAUAAUAUUAAUCAAAUAAAUAACAAAUCUAUAGAUGAAAAAAGUAAUUAUUCGCUAAGCAAUUUUUCUUUUAUAAAAAAAAAAUAUUCUACUUUAUUUGGACUUGAAAGUUUUAAUUUAAGAUUUAGAUAUAAAUCGAAAAAAGAAAACAAUUCUCAGUUAUCUUCUAUUCAAAAUAAUCAAUCAGGAAAUCAAAGAUUUAGUUGUGCAUCUUCUAUUUCAUUUUUAAAUGAUGAAGAAGGAAAUAUACUUUCAUAUGAUGUACCCAUAUUAUUAGAAUAUUGGUUAUUUAUUAAUAUAUUGAAAUUUUUAAAAUCAGCACUUUUUUUUCAUAAAUUUGUAAAAAUACCUUUCCUAUUCGAAUAUUUUACAUUGUUUGUUAUUACUAUAAAUUUAAGUGAAAAAUUACAUGAGUUCAUGUUUUUAAAAAAAUAUAAAUCUUCUAUCUUAGUAAGAUUAUUAAAAAAUGUAUUAGUAACAACAGUCGAUUUCUUAUUAUAUUUCUUAUUUAAUGUUAGAUUAGAAAAUGAAAAAAAAGAACAAGCGAUAUCAAAUAAUAAUAACAAACAAGAAUAUUUAGAAAGAAGUAAUUUAUUAAUCAAAUUAUCAAAAAUUUUUAAAGAUAAACUUAAAAUGAAUGAAACAGUCAAAUUUAGUUUUACAUGUCUUAAAUCUAUCAUAACAGAAAAUGUUGUUGAAAGUGUUAAAUUACCUUUAUAUAUUAAAAUUUUUAUUAAUAUCUUAAUAUAUAUGCCUCAAUUAAUCUUACUUAUAUUCCCAUCUUUUAUACUCAAAAUUUAUUUCCUAUAUAUUUUUUUUCUAGCACCAAUUUUUGGAUCACUUAAAUGCUUAGAAGAAAAAAAAGCUAUACAAAAUAAAAUUUAUUUUAUUUGCUAUUUCUUUUUUUAUAAUAUUUCAUCUAUUAUAGUAAACCAUUCUAUUUUUAAGUGUUUACCAUUCUAUAAUUUAUAUAAAAUUUUAAUUACUAUAUCAGUGCAAACAGCUCUCAAAUAUAUUUUUAACACGCUAAAGGUAAUAAGUUGA